AGAGCCGUGCGACUGCGCCCUAGCGCCGUGAAUGCAAGUGAGAGGAGAAGCAGCGAGAGAGUCAGAGCUGAAACCGCAUUACGACAAGAUGGCAGGACUGCCCCGCAGGAUCAUCAAGGAGACGCAGCGCUUACUGGCAGAGCCCGUUCCCGGGAUCAAGGCGGAGCCGGACGAAGGCAACGCCCGCUAUUUCCAUGUGGUCAUCGCGGGUCCACAGGAUUCCCCCUUUGAGGGAGGGACUUUUAAACUUGAACUUUUCCUUCCGGAAGAAUAUCCUAUGGCUGCUCCUAAAGUUCGAUUCAUGACCAAAAUAUAUCACCCUAAUGUAGACAAGCUGGGAAGAAUAUGUCUAGAUAUUUUGAAAGAUAAGUGGUCUCCAGCCUUGCAGAUUCGCACAGUUCUGCUAUCAAUCCAGGCAUUAUUAAGCGCUCCUAACCCCGAUGAUCCACUAGCAAAUGACGUUGCAGAGCAGUGGAAGACCAACGAAGCUCAAGCCAUAGAAACAGCCCGGACAUGGACUAGGCUUUACGCCGGCAACAACAUCGAAGUCUAAUUGGAUGUCGUGUUAUGACACCCAACUCCUCUCCUGUUCUGCCAAGACCUCUUCCUCCUUCGUUUGCAUCGAAAGGACAACAGUCUUAGAAAAAAAAUAAAUGACAGAUUUAAAAAAAAAAGAGCAAAAGCCAGACAACUUCAGUCCAUUGGUGAUUUAAAUGCACAUUUAGCCAAUAUUCGUCUUGUCCUGGUUCGCUGUUAUUAUGCAUGAGCAGAGGCGCUGAAACCUCUCACAUGGCUUUCCCUAUUCGUUUCUGAAGCAGUGGCCUGCCUCUGCUUUGAUUUGCAUAUACCUGGCAUUGUUGGGCUGUACUGCAGUUCGACUGGGCAGGUUUAGCUGCGGGAGACAGUAUGUUUAUUUUUUUCUUUCCCUUUUGGCUUUUUUUGUUCUCUCCUUCUUCUCCUUUCGUUCUCGUGAUGACGCUAAUGGUUGAUUAACGCAGCUGAUUAGAACAACUUAGAAUGUGCCCUUUAGCCAGGUCUGGCUCACCCUUUAGAUGCUGUAGGAAAAAAAAAAGAAAUGAAAAGCUUGGCUUUUUUUUAAACAUCCGACUUUAAAAAAAUUGUUACACGACAAAAAUGAAUUAAGCCACCACCACCGCUCUCACUAAUAACAUUGUGACUGCUGUCAAGUGUAGACCCUAAUAUAGGCUUGUGACUUUUUGUAUGGCUUGUCUGGGGAUAAAAAAAGACAUUCUGUAAAUCUUACGUUUUAGUAAAAUAUUUUUUUGUUAUUCUAUUUGGUCUUAGUAUUUUAUUUUGAUGUGUUGAUUUCAACUUUUACAUGUCUUUGCCAUACAAUUGGGUUCUGAAGGUUAUAGAGUCUCUGUUGUUUUCUUUUAAAGAUCAUGUUCCAUAUUUGUAAUGCAUUAAAAAGGCUCAUUUAGUGCUCCUCUACUGCAAGCAUUUCUUUAUUUCCCAAAGUUCCUGAUCUGAAACUGUCAGUUUUAACUAGGAAGUUGGAGAAGCCGAGAAAAAAUGUGACUGGUGUUGCAUUUAAACUCCCCACGUGUCAGAACAGCUCAUCGGGAUUGGUACUAGGUUAAAGGCUGUACGAAAUUAACGGGUUGUAAAUUCGUUCUUUAUAUACAAACAGGAGAAAGCUUUCCUACUGUUAAAAUGCUCUGAAAACAUCACCCCACCUACAUAUUUUUGUUCUUUCUGUAAAUAAAAUCUGUUGAUUAAUAAAGA